UAUGACUAUGUUCUUCAUCUUCUUUUGAUGACGACGAAUAUUACUCAGAAAGCUUGGUUUUAUGAAGAUUAUGGCACUACAGAUGUUCUUAAGUUGGGAGAUUUCCCCUUUCCUUCUCCACAAAGCAAUCAAUUACUUGUUCAAGUCUUAGCUGCUGCAUUGAAUCCUAUUGAUUCUAAGCUUCGUCAAAGGCCAAUUGCACCUGUACAAUUCCCUGUUGUGCCCGGAUGCGAUAUGGCCGGAGUUGUGGUAUCAAAAGGCAACGAGGUUUUUGAUUUCGAGAUAGGCGAUGAAGUUUAUGGCAAUAUUCAAGAUUUUAACCAAGGUAAGUUAAACCAACUUGGAACUAUGGCGCAAUUUAUAGUGGUGGACCAUGACUUGGUUUCGAAAAAGCCAAAGAAUCUCACAUUCGAGGAGGCAGCCAGUCUGCCUUUGGCAGUUCAAACAGCUGUUGAAGGAUUUAGAACUUCUUGUUUCAAAGAGGGUUGGACGGUUUUCGUUGUUGGUGGAGCUGGCGGUGUGGGAAGCUUGGUUGUUCAAUUGGCUAAACAUGUUUAUGGGGCGUCAAAAGUGGUGGCUACAACUAGUACGACUAAGGUUAAGUUUGUUGAAGGAUUGGGAGCUGAUAAAGUCGUGGAUUAUUUGAAAACUAGAUAUGAAGAUAUUGAAGAGAGAUUUGAUCUUGUUUAUGACACAAUUGGUGAUAGUGAAAAUUCAUUUGUGUUGGCUAAGAAAGGAGCACCAGUGAUUGAUAUAACAUGGCCUCCAUCAAACCCUAGAGUUCUUUAUUCAGGUUUAACCAUUUCAGGCAAAAUCCUAGAUGAUCUUCAUUCAUAUUUAUUGAAAGGAAAACUCAAGGCAGUCAUUGAUCCAACCGGUCCAUAUCAUUUCUCCGAUCUAGUUGAAGCUUUUCGAUAUCUUGAAACCGGAAGAGCCAAAGGAAAGGUCGUAAUUUCUUCGUUCGCAUCUUCUUCUCUUCUUCUAUUUCCUCGCUCAUUUGGGGAUUUUUGA